UUACAGAAAGUGUUGAAUGAUCGUGCCAACAAGCUCUCAUCAAUGCCACAGCCAAGGCAGAGGCCAUCAAAGAGACAACUCACAUCUCAUACCAAAUCCUCCUUUGUUCAUCAAAAAGAAAGUAGAAAGGUAUCCAAGCUUAUCUACUUCGUGUACAUGUACAGUCAGUAUUACCUGAGUCUUCAUCAUCAUCAUGUCUCUCCUUGCCAGAGGUCCCAUAAGGCCCUCAGUUUCUCUGACAAGUGACUUUCUUAACUUCAUCAAACUUCAUCAUCUUCAUUGGUUUCUGUACCAAGUGACUUUUCAAACUUCAUCAAACAUCAUCAUCUUCCAGUUGCCAUCAACCUGUUCAGCAUGGUUGUCCGUACCAGCAAUACAAGACUCCAGCUAACAUAAUUAUUAAGGGGUCACGGAGACAUGCAAACCAGUUCAUGAUGAUAAGAGAGUGAUUUGCAUUUAUGCAGACAUUUAAUUUAGACAAUGUUAUACAGAGCACGUUAAUGAAGCUAUUAUUUUUACCCUUAAAAUAGGACUCUGAAAUGUGUAGUUUUGGACGAGGGCUUAUCAGAGACCUCAGAAGAAGAUGGCCACAUUAUUUAUCAGAUUUUAAGGAUGGUGAGUCAAAACAGAUUACUACAUAGUGCGUUUGUAAAGACUCCUGAUUUGUGAGGUCUUAGAUGCGAAUAAGGGAAAGCAACUGCAGAUGGUUCAGGGGAUCUUAUAAACCUGGCAAGGUGUAGAUGGGCAGGGUUCCUUUUACAUGUAAGCUCCAUCCACUGGUAAAAAUUGCAGUCUAGUCAUCAUGGACAUGUAGGCUUCUCAUUGAACAAAAAUGUAAAAAGGAUAAUAUAUCUGUCCUAUUAGUUUUUCUGAACACUUCAAUGGAUGAAAACAAACAUGAUAAAAUAAAGCAAAUGUGGGUAAAUAAGGAGCCAUCCUCAUGCCUAAAAUUCUUCCUCUGGUCACUUUAUCAAAAUAUGCUUAAAUGUGCUUUUCAGGACCCCCAAAAUUAAAAUGUGCCAAAAGGAAGCCCUCACACUCCUCCAAAGGGAAGGUACAAUAAUCUGUUCAAAGCCUACCCCACCAGCCCCUCCCUUCUCUCAUACAAAAGGGGCUUUUUUGGGGGGAACCCUUUCAUUGGUUAUAUAUAACGCUCAAUUUCAGAAUUUGCAAGGCAGAUUUUUUCCUACCUCAACAGGAAUAACAGGUCAUCGGACCAUUCAAAAGUUGGUUUCUACCUGUGACAAAAACAUAAAACGGACAUAAAAUGGAAGUUAACGGAAACCACAUGAGUUGUCAGCGUUGUGGUUUCCGGUCUAACCAUUCAAACUUUAACAAGUCUACACAAACAAUUUAAUCAUUUAGGAUCCCUAUGGGCACCCAAGUUUUGCUAUUAAAAAAACUGACUUUUUAAGGGUAACACAAUUACUGGUAAACCAGUAGUUUUGAUUGUGGCCCACAAGGUUAAGAAUCCCAAUUGGCCGAAGGCAAACUAGUUGGUUAUUUACAAGCAUAAUGGAGGAGCUGAAUACCCGGAACUACUGAGAACAAAUCUGGCUAGCAGUCAGGGCAAAGAUUGAACCUCAUGGGGCCUUUGGAUUACAAUCGCCCCAACUGCUUGGCCAUGCUAUUAAACUUAAACAAAAAUGCUCUGUAUCAUUUUCUUUAUAGAUGUGCAGAAAGUUUUUAUAUCACAGGCAAUUGGGGGAAUGAUAUUUGCUCUUUUUGGAGGACAGCCAUUAAUUGUCUUGCUCACCACAGCCCCACUGGCACUGUAUAUAAAAGGUACAUGCAUGAACCGUUGAUUUUCUCAAAGCAAACACUCCCAAUACAAAGGCAGAUAGUUAUUCAUGUACAGUUACUGAUUACUUUAGGAUUAUAAAAUUCCCCUGCUCUGUUAAUUCCAAUAAGGAGCACAAAACAAAAGUGUUUUGCAUUAUACUGAAAUAUUUGCCACUGUCAGUCUGUCACACAACAGAAUCAUUUGUUUGCCCUGCAAAUUGCACUGUUGAAGGUAGAAUAAUACGUAAAAGUUUGCAUAAUGCUACUUACAGGUCUUGUAAACAUGUACUGCAAAUCUAAACACUGCAACUGUAGCUCCAAGACCUAUAAAAAAACAGGCAUGCAUCAACAUGAACAGCAGUGGAACAGAUUAGAUCAACCUCUUUUAACUCACAAAUGACAUUGGCCCCUAAGCUCAAAAUGACAGCAAAAUUUUACUUUUUAAAAUACAGAAUAAAUGCUGCUGUUACCAUAACUGAAAUAAUAAUAUUAAUAUAAUUUUGAAACGUGAUCAUUUGCUUUGUUAGUGAUCUACAACAUAUCAGCAGACUUUGACUUGGAUUUCUUGGUGCUUUAUUCCUGUACUGGGUUGUGGAAUUCCUUCUUCCUUUUUAUUUAUUCUACAUUUGGACUUUCCCAGAUAAUGAAAUGGUCAACAAGGUAAGAACAUAUUGUAAUUACUUCACUGUGAAUGUAUUGUUUGGGUUAAAAAAAAAGUCACGAGCAGCAAUGGUCUGGAUAAGUCAACUUCUAACUAAAUCAUUACGAUGAACAAGAAGUGGCCACAGGCAAGCAAAAUGUGAGAGCUGGUUGCCCCAAAGACAAACUGGAAUCUAAGUUUAUUUCACGCCCUUUAAACUAAAUGAGUGAAAUUUCAUUUUAUAACUGUCAAACUCUUUGGGCUAGUUAUUAAAAUGCAGUCUAUUAACCAGUGUUUAACAAAACCGCGUUCUAAGCCAUUUUCGGUUUCCCGAAUGCAAUUUUUUAUGUAAACCCCAUUUAUCAUGAACUGUUUCAUGAAAGCAUAUAGCAUAGACUGGAAAAACAUUUGUCUUCUUAAAAUAACCCACUAAGGAAGAGAUCUGGAGGUCCAAAGAUUUGGUGAACUGUGGUCUAAGUUAGACUUUCAUUUAAAUAACCUUACCCACUAAGGAAGAGAUCUGGAGGUCCAAAGAUUUCCUAAACUGCAGUCUAAGUUAGACUUCAUUUAAAUAACCAACCCUUUUCAUUGUGUUGCUUAGGUCAACAGAAGAAAUCUUUGCCUUGUUCAUCUCUCUUGCAUUUACAGUUGAUGCAAUCAGUAGUGUUAUCAAAGGUAAAUUUACAGGAAAAAAAUUUUUUUCUCAGUGAAAGACUGACUAUACAUAUACACUAAUAUUUUAACUAUGAAUGCAUAGUUUCCUUGCUUUUAAUUGUUUCAACAUUAUAAAUGCCCUGUUAUUUUUAAUUUACGGGGGGUAUAUACACCUAUACUUGCAGAAGUAUUAGACAUGUGAAUUACAACUGCAUAGUAACCAUUGUUUUCUCUAAAAGGACAUUGGAUACAGUUGGCAAUAAAAUAAAUGCAAUAAAGAAAAGCUGCAACAAGAUUUAAGAAUAAUAUUGAUUUCUAUAUAUCAUCCAGUGUCAGACAUGUGAGUUGUAAUAUUAUCCUAGAUAGCCAUUAUGCUAUAUAUGAUGAUGAAUUUUCUGGCAGUUUCUGUAUUAGGUAUCUAAACACAUAUUAACCCAGAGGUCUUCAGACAGAAAUGCAUCUUGUCUAUCUUGUUAUAACGUUAGUGAAAUACUUUGCCUGAGGGAUUCCCCUGCUCUUUUUAUGAUUCUAAGAGAGUCACAUGCUAUUCUGCCUUAAUUGCAGAAUACUCAACUCUUCACUGUUCAAAUCCCUUGAUGAAUUCCACCAGCUGUGCCAUCAACCAGUUAGCCAGUAACUGUACUGAUAUCUCAGUGUGUCACAGAGAGGGAGGUCUGUCUUAUGCCGUGAUAAGCUUAGCAACUGUUUGGAUUGGUCUUGCUCUAUACAAUUUUCGUAAGAGGUGAGUGCGUGAUGUGUAAAUUCUUACUCUAUCUGAAUCCUACCUGUGUGGAGCUGUCAGUGGUGGUUCAGAGGAUACCACAUGCAACUUCAGAUCUGUAUUGGUUUGCGCCUCAAGUGUCUCCUUUAAGACAAGAAACUUUGUUCCACUUGGUUUUUACAUUGUAUUUGUACCAAGGGAAACUUACUUUUAAUUUUUAGUUGGUUAAUUGCUAUAGAACAGGCCAAUUGUGGCAAUAGGCAGUCAUGACAAAUAACUUAAAACUGUGGCCUAAACACGGGCAAAGAGGGUAGAUGGGAGACUGUUCCCAGGUAUAGAAUGCGGUAAAAAGGAGCACUUGCUGGCAUCAACAAAUACAGGAAAAACUGGGUUGUAUGGCAUGUUACAAGACUUCAUGGUAAAGGAGGUACUGGUACAUACCACUGGUAUAAGCCUGAAAUGGACUCGCAUGUGAAGUGGGAGGAGGGAGGGGGUGGAGGGGAAAGUGGAGCUAGUUGCUCCUUGAUAUAGAGACUGGGAUGUGCUGCCCUGGCUGAUAGGCUUUAAAUCACAGCUGUAAGUGGAUGAAACAUGAACGAUCAUGAUGAUCCACAAAGGUGGGCAUAAUUAUGGCAGUAUGAACCAAUUUAAAUUUAAAAUUUUCUCUAACCAUGAAGAACAACUAAAUAUUAUUUGUUUUUUUAUAGUAGCAACAUAUCAUUAAGCUGGCAAUUUUAUUCCUGUCUUUUAGUCCUUUUCUUGAUGCCGGCAAACGAGAAGCACUGGCUGAUUAUGCACUUGUAGUGGCUGUUCUUGUCAUGUCCCUCAUUGCUUCAUAUUUUGUGCGGGACAUCGAUAGUAAGUAUGGCUGGGACAAGUGAUGAAAUUUUAUCCUUGUGGUUCAACCCACUUAUUUCUUACAUUUCCAUGCCACGAAAAAAGGAUUAUUGAAAUUUGAACCAAUGACAAAAUUGAACCAGUAUUAAUAUUGAUCAAGCCCGAGCCCUAACACUCCUAUAACCCUGUGAGUCCCAAUAGUGACCAGCAACAAUUUUCUUCUAACAAUUUUCAUGCACCAUCAAGACAAAAAGGUUAUGAGAGUUAAUAAAAUGAUUACGAAAGGGAAAAGGCUUUUAUCUUUUAUCAAAUUCUCUCAACUGUUUCUUUAAACAAAUGUAUGGGGAUUGGUUUCGAGAAUUUGUGUGUGGAUAUCUGGGUUUAAAGGGUUAUUGUAUCAAAAACUACUGUGAGUCAGUAAUUUGCUCCCACUUGCAUGUUGUUUUAACUCUUGUUCUUGUGUUGUUGAAACAGAUUACAAGUUUCAAACAAGCAACUCCUUUGCCUUCGCCCCUGCUCCUCUUCACAAGCUGACCUGGGGUGCCGUGUUCGCAGGCAUGGGAUUAGGCUUUUCUCUGUCAUUGCUGUUCUUCAUGGAUCAGAACAUUUCAAGCGCUAUGGUCAACAAUCCUGGAAACAGGUGCUGUCUGCAUGCAUGGGGUCAAACCUUUAAACUGAUCAAAGGGUAAACCAAUUGGAUUUACUUGACUUGGGUGUGUCAAGCUUCAUGUGGAUAAUGCUCACAUGCUAAAAAUAGUUCCACUUAAGUAACAUUGCAAUAAAUCUAAUUUUGGCUUAUAAAAUUUAAGGGAAGAAAAUGCUACACCACUAUAAAAUAAUAAUGAAAUUUAAUCAAAUUUAAGCUAAUCUAAAAAGGUGUGUUUUGGAGCUGACUCCAAACCUAUGAUUGUAUCCUUAUUUCUAUUGUAAAUAAAUGUCUUCUGGAAAGUGGUCGCAGAGCUUUGAGGCACCACCAUGAAAUGCCCGGUCUCCUAAAGUAAGUUUGUACCAGUACAUAUGUAAUGAUUAUUGCUGAUGCAGAAUCACAUCCCGUGAAUGGAUAGGACACUGACUGGCAUGAUCUAAUUAAAACUUAUCUCAACUCACCCUCCACUGCAAUACUCUGCCAUCCUUGGACUUUCCUUAAUUUUGGUUAGGUCAGCCUUAAAAUCUCCGAGAAGAUCUACCUCUCUGAGACUUAAAGGUCUCCCAAAUGAAUGCAAAUUUACAAGAUCUUUGAGCCAAGCUCCUACCAGCAGCUGCUGCAGCAAUAUAAGUGCUGUCAGUAGUGCUUAACAGUAAAGUCUUAUAUUUGCAUGCUGAAAAUAAGCGCUAACAAGAUGGGUGAAAUAGAUUGUAAAAGGAUGCCAAUCAACUCUAAAUACUUGCUCCUUUUAGGUUGAAGAAAGGCAGUGCAUAUCAUUGGGAUUUAUUUGUGGUUGCAGUAGUGAACAGUUUCCUCUCACUAUUUGGCCUGCCAUGGGUACACGCUGCCCUGCCUCACUCACCAUUGCAUGUGAGAGCAUUGGCUGAUGUUGAAGAGAGAGUUGAUAGAGGUCAUGUGUUUGAAAUGUAAGUGAGACUAGAACCCAGGGGAGGUACUUUAGGAAUAUUUGGGUAGGGAGGGAUAUGCCACUGGGACCCCCUAUAAGGUAUACCACACCUAGUUUGACUGAAUAUUGCUACAUUAAACUGAAGAGUAGGCUCCCAAAAUCUCUCCCUAUCCUAGAGUUGCUAUUAUCAACACUUCUAUCUCUAUGUAUGAUUAAAAAUCUGUAUCUAUCCACAUUUAGCAUUUGCUAGUCUUGUUGCUGUUGUCAUUGUUUUCUAGUCCUGUCAUAUAUAUCCUGUAAGUUUGCCCUCCAAUUUUUUUUUUUCAAAAAAUAAAAACUUCCUCAACUUUCUUUCAAAUUGCUAGGUUGCCAACAUUUCUUGCCAUACAAAGCAAGAUGUUAUAAAAUUAGCAUUGAAAUUAUUAGUAGUCAGUGACUCACAACCCUUCUUCAUUUAAAAGUAGACGCAGUCAUUAAAGCACCCACGCACUGUUUGCGUGUGUUUUAACAUCCCCCAUGUGACAGUCUUCUGUAUCUCUGCCAGCAUGUGGCCAGACGGCCUGGAUUAUCUUGAAGGGCUUCUCGGAGAAUAAGAAAACAACUUACAAGCAGAAUUAUUCUGACCACCUUCCCCUCCCUUAAGUCAACAUUAACACUUACUUCUCACUUAGGGCAGUAAAAUUGUGACUAAAGGGAGGGGUAGUUGGUCAGUUACACAUAACCUCAAUUUAUCAAUGAUUCCUUCCAGUUUAACAUUCUGGUACUGAACUUAUGUAUUUUCAGCAUUGUGAAAGUCAGAGAAACAAGAUUGUCUGGUUUAAUCUCCAAUUUAAUGAUUGCACUUUCCCUGCUGAUGCUGCCAACACCACUCACUCUUAUUCCCACAAUGGUACUUGAUGGCUUGUUCCUGUUCAUGGCCAUAACAGCAUUGGAUGGCAACCAGAUGUUUGAGAGAGCAUUGCUGUUGAUCACAGAACAGGUAAACAUGCUGUCAACUCUCAAACUCUUUCCACUCUGGCCAGCAAUCUUAAAUAUACAGCUACUGAGUCAGUUCUUUGGGGAGCUUUCCACACUUGGUGUCCAAGAAUGUGUGGCUGGGUACCGGCACAAAAUGGUGUUGUGUUCACACCUUGAGUAUCCAAUAUGUAACUGUGUAUAUAGUUACUCCAUUUCGCCCUGUCAGACGCCAUUAAUUUUUGCAGGGCUGUCAAUAAGGGUAGCCGGCCAAAACAGCCGGCUAGUUAGUUAGCCAUCCUUACCCAGCUACUUUUGUCUCCUUCUACCAUAAUUGCUCACAAAAAAUAAGCACUGUUGAAUACUGCCACUAUGCACUAGGAAAUGGUUUUAAAAUAGGAAUUUAUUAUGAAUUUGUGGAUACUGGUAGAACACAGGUUAUGUAUCUACAAGCCAGAUAAAAGAAUAGAUAAAGCUAGUUAGAAUAGUGAGCUGUUUAAGAAUUUUGGGGGUUCUAACCAGUGGAAUUCCCCUCUCCUGCCUGAAUUGUAUGGUGUCCAUGAGGUAUAGUAGUGAUUCAGCUUCAUUACAACUAAAUAGAACAUGUGUUUAAGUCCCUCUGCAGAACAGUGCCAAGAUCCUUGUUCUAGAUUCCCCCUGUGUACCAGGAUUUGAGUUCAACUUAACCUGCAUGAUUGGCCUGUUAAAGAAGUCACUGUCGAUAUGCCAAUCAGGUUUAAGGGAAUAUCAAAAUUCAUUUUUGGUAUUUUGUUGAAUCCAUUGGGGGCCCAGAACUAGGAUACUGGUGCUGCUUCACAGACAUUACAAACUGGGCUUAGAUUACAUCUGCAAUGCAGGCUAAGAGAAUGUUAACCCUUUAAACCCUACAAUCAAAAUUUGAAUUCUCACUUGUUGCCCCUAUUCAUUUGUUACAGAAAUGGUGGGAAGAAGUUGACAAAAUAUCAGGCAAAUUUAUCUUGCAUGAUCGUGUCUGUAAUUCUCAUAACCACUUUGUUUUACAAAGCGUUGAUAUUACAAGGAGAAAUUUGACUCUGAUCACUCUUAGAGCUUAAAAGAACAGCCUUUGCCGUUGUAAAAUUAAUUAAAUUAUAACAAACUUGCCCUAAAAAUUCUUGCAGGCUGCUUACCCUCCAAACCACUACAUACGUCAUGUCCCACAGAGGAAGAUGCAUAUAUACACAGCCUUACAGUUCCUGCAGCUGGCCGUCCUGUGUGGAUUUGGCUUUGCUCCAUUGCCGUACCUCAAGAUGGUGUUCCCAGUUUUGCUUAUGUUUCUUUUGCCAAUCAGGUAAGAAUUAAAACACCUCCAAUACAAUUAUUGCUAAAUUGCCUUUUGAAAAGUUGAUGAGAUGGCCCAGUAGGUAUCAGGUGUUACAUACUGUCAGAUCUUGAAGAGACCUGUCUCUAUAGAGCUGUUUAUUGGAGUCAAAACUACCACAAUCAAACGUUUAAAUUUUUGAAAUGUGACUGAUGGAAGACAUGGAAUCAACAUGUAUCAGUGAUGCAGUCAAGACGGUGUGGCAUAUGUAAGACUAAGUGUACUUUUCAAUAUGUGGUCUAAUGCACUUCCAGUAAUAGACUUUUGCUAGGGCUGUGGCCAGAUACAAAUUCCUUCCAACUGAAGGCAGUAUCAGAUAAGAAUAAUUUUUAAUAAUUAUUAAAUGGCCAUGUAAUUCUCUGAGCCAAUCUUUUCACAAACAAGAAAGUUAUAAAUCCCAGAGGGAGGGGGGUGGGGGAAUUCUGGGAAUUCUUGAUUGGGGUGUGCUGCCUUGUUCUCCAAAUCCUCAGCCUAUUUCAGACCCAGAAAUGUCAUUUUCCACACCCGUUUUCAGACCUGGCCUCUAAAAUCCAUACCUGGAGGUGGUCACAAAUUGCAACACACAUGGUUACAUAGAUUAGACAGAAAUUAUGUCUUGUUUACUGAGAUUAGAAUGCCAAAAAACAGAUUUCUGAAAAUCCAUUCCAACUUUCUUUCUUAUUCAAUUGGAACUGAAAUGACGAGUACAUUCAUACACUACUGAGUUCCUUCAAAAACCAUACCCGAAUCUAGACCAAAAUGGGCAAAGUCUAUACCUGUUUUCAGACCAAAACCGGGCAAAAACCAUACCCUUUGGGGGCGGCACAUACCUUUAUGGCUUGUAUAAGGAAGAAGCUCUGCCUCAGGAUUUACGGACUCUGAAAAGGGUAUUAUUACCACUUUUAUUAUUAUUAUUAAUGCAUUACAUCUAUAACAGAAUCUAUUAGCAGGAGAUCUCUGCAAGCUCAGCUGAGCUUUUCUUGGGAGGUCCCUUUAAGUUAGGACUUAAUUAACACUUGAAUUUAUUUAAAUUGCAGACAUCUUGUGGUCCCCAAACUGAUUUCAUCAAAGUAUCUGGCGGCUUUAGACGCCCACUUGUAA